UGUUGUAACAGUAUGCUCAAUGAUUGACAGAAAAAGUACGGACAAAAUAAAAGGCAGUAGCAGAGCAUGCGCAGUACAGAUUCCCUGGCUCUAGUGGAAUUGCGCUAGGCCAGCAGAUAAUCGGCUGAGAUUGUGCGCAUGCGUAAUAGGCCGAGAAACGGCUGGGCCGAAAGAAAUACAGAACGGAGACUUAUGUUAUGUACGCAUGCGCUGUUGAGCAAGUGAAUACGUAGUUGUGGAAAGGAGAGGCGUAAGCUAUAUGGCGGGACGAUUAAACUGCUAUAGCCAAAGAUGAGACGGUCAGCAGCUCCAAGUCAACUGUUGGGGCAUUCAGCCAAAAAGCCAAGAUUCAUACCUCCAGGAAAAACCCUGCAGAAAACAUCUGAAUAUGUAGAGCCAGAAAUUAAAACAGAUGAGGUGUACAGGAGACAACUGUGUAACUCAACUUCUGUAAACAUUUGUUCUACAACUUCUGGCUUUCAUUCUUCUGUAACUGUAAAAUCCAAGGAAGAAGAACUGCCCUCUGAAAACAAGAAUACGGUGAUUGGGGAUUUGAAAUCUGGAAUGAAAUCACUGUGCAGAACAUCAAUAGAUCCGACAGCAACAGAAAAAGCAGGACACCCAGAGGAGCCCAUCUGCCUUACCAAAUAUUUCAGUGUUGUCUGGUGCAAAGCCUCAAAGAAAAAACAUAAGAAGUGGGAAGGUGAUGCUGUUCUUAUAGUGAAAGGAAAGUCCGUGAUGCUCAAGGAUAUGGAAGGCAAAAAUAUUGGAAGAGGCACUGGAUAUCAGUUCAGAGUCUUAGACAAUCUCAUUGAAGGUCAGAGUCUGAUGAUUGGAAGCAAAGAAAUUGAAGUGAUGGGUGUGAUAUUGGAAGAAGACUUUAAAAGUGGCAAGUGUUUUCUGUCUGGUCUGGAGGCCACAGAAGAAAUUUGGAAUACCCCAGUUGCUUCUGCAAGGCAGUUUUGUAAUCCUUUCAAAAAUGUUUCCAAAGCCAAUACUCAAGAAAACUGGUCUAACUGUAAACCACGCCAUGAUCCGUUAGCUCCAAAUUCCUUAGUUAUGCCAUAUCCGUGCCCAAGUCACCAGCGAUUGUUUAACAAGUCACAUUUGCCUAUUGUGGAUGUGGUUGUAGACCCUUACAUUACAAGCCAUCUUCGCCCACAUCAGCGAGAAGGAAUUCUAUUUCUUUAUGAAUGUGUGAUGGGAAUGAGAGUGAGCAAUAGAUUUGGCGCCAUCCUUGCAGACGAAAUGGGUUUAGGAAAAACACUGCAGUGUAUUUCACUCAUCUGGACACUCCUGCGUCAAGGACCUUAUGGAUGCAAGCCUGUAAUAAAACGAGCCUUGAUAGUAACUCCUGGAAGUCUGGUGAAGAACUGGGGAAAGGAAUUUCAGAAAUGGUUGGGAAACGAGAGAAUCAAAGUGUUCUUAGUUGAUCAGGAUCACAAAGUGGAAGAAUUCAUCAAUUCCCCCCUUUAUUCAGUCCUGAUCCUUAGUUAUGAGAUGUUUCUACGUUCUGUGGACCAAAUUCAGAAGACAGAAUUCGGCCUUGUCAUCUGUGAUGAAGGACAUCGUUUGAAAAACAGUUCUAUUAAGACAACUGCUGCUCUUCUCAGCCUCUCCUGUGAAAGAAGAAUUAUUCUUACUGGUACUCCAGUACAAAAUGACCUUCAAGAGUUUUAUGCUUUAAUAGAAUAUGUAAAUCCUGGAAUACUUGGUCCUUUAUCUGCAUACAAAAAGGUAUAUGAGGAGCCUAUUCUUAGAUCGCAAGAACCUUCAGCAACUGAGGAAAACACUGAACUAGGUGAGAAACGGGCAGCAGAGCUGAUGCAUCUAACAGGACUCUUCAUUCUUAGAAGAACGCAAGAGGUCAUCAACAAAUUCUUGCCUCCCAAAAAGGAGAGCAUACUUUUCUGUCGUCCAACGACGUUGCAGUUUGCUCUUUAUCGAAGUCUUUUGAACUCUCAGAUUGUUAGAUCUUGCCUACAAGGAAGUUUGGAGAACAGCCCACAUUUAAUAUGCAUCGGGGCUUUGAAAAAACUUUGUAACCAUCCCUGCCUUCUCUUGAAAGCAAUACAGAAGAAAGAAUCUGAGUCUCGUGAUAACCAAGAUCAAACAAACCUUUAUGAUGGUUUACGUGAUGUUUUUUCUCAAGAAUGUGCUCAGACAGAUUUCUCUGAGAGUGACUCAGGAAAGUUGAAGGUGCUAACGCAGAUGCUGGCAGCAAUUCAUGAACGUGGACCUUCAGAAAGAGUCGUUGUGGUAUCUAAUUAUACACAGACGUUAAAUAUAUUACAAGAAGUAUGCCAACGAUCUGGAUAUCUCUAUACUAGACUUGAUGGCAGCACCCCCGUCUCCCAGAGGCAACAUAUUGUUGAUAGUUUCAAUAGUAAAUUUUGCCCAGCCUUCAUCUUCCUAUUAAGUUCAAAGGCUGGUGGUGUUGGUUUGAACCUUGUUGGAGCAUCUCAUUUAAUCCUGUAUGAUAUUGACUGGAAUCCAGCGACUGAUAUUCAGGCAAUGGCCAGAGUAUGGAGAGAUGGACAAAGGCAUACAGUUCAUAUUUACAGACUACUCACUACAGGCACAAUAGAGGAGAAAAUCUAUCAAAGGCAAAUCAGCAAGCAAGCUCUCUCUGGAGCAGUUGUAGACUUUGCCAAGGGAUCUGAGCAUAUCCGUUUUUCUGUUGAAGAACUUAGAAACCUCUUCACGUUGCAUGAAGAUUCCAAUUGCGUGACCCAUGAUUUGCUGGAGUGUAACUGCAUGGGAAAGAAAGAUAAUCAAGGCUGCCCUGUGAUCCAAGUUGACCAGAGUAGCCAAAGUGAUGUGAAAGUCAAAAAGUCUCUGACUAUGUCACAACUGAUGCAAUGGAAACACUUUUGUGUGGAUUACAAAAAUCUCCCUGAUCCCUUCCUUGACAGGAUAAAAGACAACCUUACAUUCAUUUUCCAAAAUAUAACAAGUUGAGAACAAGCUAGCUUCUUCUUAGUUGCCUUGAGCUUGUAUUCAUUAGGGUAUUAUCAUUUUUAACAGCAGCAGCAGCAUUAUUAAUAAUAGGAUUACUGAGGAUAAAGAGCAUAUAUCAAGGUUGACACUGUAUUAUUCUUUUAAGCCUUAAAAUAAACUGGGGGAAAAUUUCUUUGCCACCACUUUUUCUUACAAUGUCACAUCACUCUAACAACUUUACAAUAUAUUAUACUUCGGUUUAACCCAUCCAAGAUGUUUUCUUCAACUGAUGAUAAGAACAGAGACAAGGCUUUCUUUUAAUCAUGGUUAUUUUUCCCCAUCAAUAUUUGUUCUCAGAAUUAGUAGGUCAAAGAAGAUACAUUGCAUUAUAUAGUUAUGAGAUAAUUACAAUUUCUAAAUAGGGCAAAAGCACGAUUUUCUUCCUAGGGGAAGAAACAUAUCUGCCCGUGUCCCUCUAGUAACUCAGAUAUCAUCAGAUAGGCACAAGGAAAUUUUUUCCUGUCAUAUGUGUUCCUUGAAUAACUUGUUUGAUGUAAUAUAUAAUUAGUGGCAUGAUUUUUCUCUUUAUUCCUUCAUUAGAUUUUUUUUCUCCUGUUCUGGUAGAAUGAAUUAAUAGCAAAUAAUGCAUCAUUUCUACCCAUUAGUUCAAUUGCCCAAUGCUUAGUCAUGGCCUCUAGACCAGAAGUCUCCAACCUUGGCAACUUUAAGCUUUGCUGGCUGGGGAAUUCUGGGAGUUGAAGUCCUUCAGGCUUAAAGUUGCCAAGGUUGGAGAGGAGACCCCUGCUCCAGACACAGUUGAAGCUAUUCUCUCAAUCUUAGCUUCUCAGUUCUGCUUCUGUUAAAUGUAUUAGGAAGAAGGCUGUUGCUCAGUUUAAAAAAAAAGCCAGAUGUUUGGCCUACAGAAAGCUAAUCUCUUGGAAAGUGAUUUACACACUCAAGCAUCUCUGAUCUAUGGCUUUGACUCUACAAUGUUACCUUUUUAAAUACAGUGACUCUGUUCAGUCCAUGCUGAAACCGUCAAAAUGCACGUGUGGGUGGCAUUUACAGGAAAGGAUUGUUAGGCAGACAUCUCCUGAACUGCUAGUUCUCUCUGAUUUAUGCUGUUCUGUUCUGUUUUUCCAUUUACUGUAAUAAUAUCCUUACUUUAUCCUUGAUAAAAUAAAUCUGUUAAGACAACUGAAUAUGUGGAAAUUGGCAAAGUAUGGUUGGGUGAGGAGAAGGUUAAAAAUCUACUCUGAAAGGCCUCAGGCACAGGUCCACUCCUGUAUUUGUUAAGAAUGUGGGGAUUUCCCGUUAAGUGUUUAUUUCUGUCCAAAGGUUGCUGUAAUGGUAGCUCUCAUAACAUAGGAUGCAUAUUUUAUAGGAUGCAAAACUUUCAAAAUUUCAGGCAACUUACAUCAGCAGCAACUUACAUACCCACAAAUAUUUCCCAUCCUCAAAUUUUCUCUACAGUCACUUAGGAAUGUAAAUCAAAAGUUGUUGAAGUCCUUUUGGUGAUUUUCCUUGGAGGAGAUAUCUUCUUAUUACGAUCGAUCCUAGCUUAGAAUAUUGCAUUUGGGAGAUCUAUUUUCAGGCAGCUAUGAUCAGGUGGCUAUUUUUCCAUGAGCAAUUUCAUAAAGCAGGACAACAGUGGCAGUCAUACCUAUCCUAACCCCAAUUCUUUUAACUACACAUUCAAACUGUGUUUAUGCUACUACGGUAAUAACAUUAAAAAGAACAAGUACAUUUGUUGAUAAUAGUCUUUCAAGUGAUACCUAACCAGUUCGUACAAACAGUGCCUCUCCAUUUUAUCUAACCUUCUUAAUUGGAUUAAGUUAUAUAAGCCAGUAGUGACUGCAGAUAGACUAUGUGCAAUAAAAUAUAACAAAUAAUAUUAUAUUGUUUGUCAUAAUCAAUCACAUAAUCAACACUUGCUUCAAAAUGUUCUAUUUAAAACUAAGAGAUUUAAUUAGUUCAAAUGUACCAUUCAAUUAAUAAAAGUUCAUGCAGUAA